UUACGCACAAAACCAUGAUCUAAAUUGCAGUAGAUACGUAGAACUGGCCUAGCUCUGUUCAUUCAUAAAAAAUUUUUUGCUUGCCCCUAAAUUAAAAUGCAAGAAGUGAAAACAAUCGGCACAAAGAAGCAUGCCAAGGCGCACGCCACCACAGUACCCAUACAAUCACCGUUCUCCCUCACAGUGAACCAUGUCGGUCUUGCUCUUGUCCAGGAUGUCUUCAUGCGCAACAAGAUCAACGAGCUUAUUCUGAUCAUUGGUCAGGAGAAUUUGGAGAACCUGCGCGUUAACGUAAGUGUUAGAGGAGGCGGGCACGUUUCACAGGUCUAUGCAGUGAGGCAGGCAAUUGCAAAAGGUGUAGUAGCGUUCUAUGGUAAAUUUGUCGAUGAAGAGAGAAAACAGGAAAUACAGAAUAGAUUGAUAAAGUUUGACAAAUUUACGCUUGUGGCUGAUCCUCGCAGAUCAGAGCCAAAGAAGGCCGGUGGACCAUCUGCACGUGCGAAGUAUACGAAGAGUUACCGUUAAAUUAAAAAGUCUUGGCAUCGCA